AUGAGAAAGCCUCCAAAUACUGAUUUCUAUCAGCAAAGAUUAAAAGCAUGGCAUCCUAUUUUAACACCGAAAUAUGUUUUCCCGAUUUUUUUUGCUCUUGGAUUAAUAUUUAUGUCUCUUGGAGGGAUUUUGUUAUAUUUUUCAUCACAAGUACAUGAAAUAAUAAUAAACUAUACGUACUGUGAUAGCCAAGCAUCUCUGAAUGAAUUUAAGUCUAUUCCAAGUAAAUAUGUGCAAAUGUCAUUUCCAUCUAAUGUUCAAUCUAUGAAUCAAGCUAUAUGGAAAAAAAAAAUUAAUGAAAAAUCAGUAUAUUCUAUUAAAGAACCUAUAUGUUUGAUUCGAUUUGAGAUACCAAUUGAUUUAAAUCCACCUGUUUUUCUAUAUUAUCGUUUAACUAAUUUUUAUCAAAAUCAUCGACGUUAUGUUAAAAGUUUUAGUAGAGAUCAAAUGAUGGGACGUGCAAAAACAGCAGCUGAAUUAAGGAGCUCAGAUGACUGUAGCCCUCUUUCAGUCAGCGAUAACGGGAAGCCUAUUUAUCCAUGUGGUUUAAUUGCAAAUUCUAUGUUUAAUGAUACUAUUAGUCAGCCAAAAAGGCUCGCCUCUUUAUCAGGUGAAGUUUUAGAGCCUUAUUUUAUGACAAAUAAAGGUAUUUCUUGGUUGUCAGAUAAAAAUAUAUAUAGAAAAACAUCAUAUCGUCCAUCAGAUGUUUCGCCUCCUCCUAAUUGGGUAUUAAGAUACCCGAAUGGUUAUAAUGAAACAAAUUUCCCUAAUAUUCAUGAUUGGGAGGAAUUUCAUGUAUGGAUGAAAACAGCAGGACUUCCUACUUUUGAAAAAUUAUCAUUACGAAAUGAUACAGGUAUAAUGAAGGCAGGGGCAUACGAAAUAGAAGUUGUUAUGCAUUUCCCUGUAACCAAAUAUAAUGGUAGUAAAACAAUUAUUAUUUCAACUCGAUCAUUUAUUGGAGGAAGGAAUUUGUUUUUUAGUAUCGCAUAUAUUAUUUCGGGCGCAUUAAGUUUUAUUAUCGGGUCGUUUUUUACAUGUUGUUAUUUAAUUAAGCCAAGGAAACUUGGUGAUCACAGAUAUCUUUCUUGGAAUCAAACUUCAUUUCAUAAUCCCUUAAAAUCAAUGAAUAUAGCUGAAACUAGAUCCCGUUAAUUUCUACAUUUUUCUUUUUGCAUUUAGAAAUCAUUAUUGGGUUGCAUAUAAAACAAGUUCUUCUUUACUAAUUUUUUUCUCCGUAAUUCGUUCACGAGCCCAUGGUUUCCCUUGUUCAACUAAUGCACAUGCCAAUAAAUGUUUGCAAAUAGGUACAGGUUGCCCAUGUAUUGAGCCACCCCAAUACCUAUUUGGAUUAAUUACUUUCUUCCAUGCUAAAUGAUAGUCUUUAUUAAAUGCAGAAAAUGAAAAUUCCGGACAUGAGCAAUACCAAACUGAUGUUCUAACUUCAUACAGUUUACAAGACGUUUCAUGAAGCUCGUUUGUUUCUGAAGGAAUAUAAAAAAUCUGACAAGAACAUGAAGUAGAUGAA